AUGAGAUGUUGGCGAAGCGUCAUAAGCGAUAAAGGCGAAGUGGUCUUGAAUGCCACAGGUUUUACAGUGUGUUGUAUUAUAUUGUCGGAGAUGCGGUUAAGCGCAGUGAUCCAUUUGAGGCGAAUAAUCAACAGUCCGUAUCAUCCGUUUGAAGUUAUACCUAAACCUGAUAUAUGGCCAUCUCGUGAACGUCUUCGAAGGUUCAUAGCGUGGCAGUAUGGAUCACUACGAACAACUGUUAAAGGAGGUUACAGAAAACAGAAUAAAAUCUUUCAUUAUAUGUCUAUGCAGCGAGAGGAUGCACCGAAACUCGAAAAAUUCUACGCAGAGGAACGACUCAGAACAGCGCUAGCAGAACACCACUUUGAAUAUGAACCAUUCAAGAAUAUGCUAGGUAAAGCACAUAUCUUACUGGAUAAUGUUAUUCUUUCCCAACUUGCUAUUUAUGAACCAAGAACAUUCAAGAGUUUAGUGAUGGUGACGAAGCAAAUGGCUUUGGAAGAAGGUCGAUCCGUAAUAGCAGAUGUUGAGCAAAAUUACGUCGAGACAGAGCCAUCAUUAUUCGGUACACCAUUCCCCCAUGCUAAGCAAUAUCCCAGAGGCGCUUCCGAAAAUCAUAAAGUGAAGCCGAGGCAAUUAAAGCCAUCCGAAUAUUAA